AUAAAGACCUCCAAUUAUUUUCCAAUUCUCGACACGGCAUACUUUUUCCUGGUCAGACCUAUUCAACAACAGCGCAUGUUUCUGUUCCAAGAGAUAUAUAUGGAAUUUUCCACAUCAUAGUUAAAACUGACAUUUACAAUGAAGUGUUCGAGCAUCUCAGCAAAGAUAACAAUUGGCUUUCCUCUAAUAAUCUAACAGUCACACUGACCCCUCCUCCUGACCUUUCCGUGAUUGAUUUUUGGAUACAUCCGUCUUCUAGUCUGUCAACUGGCGAUAUUGCUGAGGUUAAGUGGACCGUAAAGAAUAUUGGACUUAGAACACCCUACAUCAACUCAUGGUUGGAUGAACUGGCCUUGGAACAGAAUGAUUCAAAGAAAAUUCUAGGACGUUUUCCCAUAUUCAAAACACUUCCUCCAAAUGAAAAUUAUACCUACUCAACAACGUUAACUGUUGACUCUAAGACGGAAAGUGGAUGGUAUAAUAUAUCCCUGAAAACUGAUAUGGGGUCAAACGUCUUUGAACUGGAAACGCGUACCAAUAAUAUUAAAAUAGUUCCUAUUUUUAUCAGACAAGCUUUGCCAGAUCUGCAAAUUGACGAAAUGACAACAAAUCUUUCCAUAGAUAGUCUAGGUUAUAACUUACUAAAUGUAUCAUGGGUUGUUCGAAAUGUUGGAAAAGGGCCUACAAUAAAUGAUUAUUGGACAGAUACAAUUUUUCUCAGUGAAAAAGAUAACAAUGGUUUUUACUCGGAAAGAAUUCUUUCGAAUAAGGCUAUUCGAAUUCCUGGCUUACAAUGCAACUACACAUACACAAAAAAUGUUCUGAUAAAGCUAAGUGAAAGGCUGUAUGGUAUGAAAAAUAUUUCGAUAAAUGUUGAUAAAUUUCAAGUUUUGUAUGGAGAUAAUAUAAGGGACAACAUAGCAACCCAAGAAGUAAGUAUACCACUACGAUCUCCAAAUCUGAGAAUUAUCUCAACGAAGUUGUUGAAUGGUACUCUGUAUAGUGGAAGAAUUGGCGAAAUAUCAUGGACAGUAGUUAAUACAGGAUUACCUAUUCCAGAGGACAAAUUCUGGAGAGAUUCUUUAACUUUGCAUGCGGAUACAGAAAUUCCAGUAACAAAUCUACCAAAAAUUACAUCAUAUAUCAAAGGCCCAUUACAAAAUCGCAGUUUUUAUACCGAAAUUGCACGCAUAAUUGUUCCUAAAAACUUUAUUGGAUAUUUAUCUGUCAGAAUAAUAGUAAACAACCAUGGGGAUUUGUUUGAAGGAAACAGCUAUGAGGAUAAUGCGAUGACCAUACCUAUUACCGUUUUAUCACCCCCCUCACCCGAUCUGGUUGUCACAAAAAUAAACAGUUAUCUCCUGCACGGCACACGUACUGCAUAUGUGUCUUGGACAGUUGAAAAUUCCGGAAACUCCAUGAGUACAACUACACAAUGGGUGGAUGCCAUUGGUAUUAAAUUAUCUGAUGAAAAUAAAACUUUAAUUCUAUCAAAAUUUAAUCAGUCAUUGCAACUUGAAUCUGGUGCUCAGUGCACAUUAAAUCAAACAAUAUUAAUACCUUCGGCAAUAAUUGGUGAAUUGCAAUUCUAUGUUGUCAUUGACUUCGAGGAAAAUAUUGAAGAAAUAAAUGGCGAAGCAAACAACUGGAAAGAAGACAGUCACAGAUAUAUAUUUACUGGUAUUCCUAGAGCAAAUCUUAUAGCCACUAUAAUUUCAACAGAGAUUUGUUCAUUGGAGGAUGACAAUUAUGUCUGCAUAUCGUACAACGUUUCUAACAUUGGUGGACAAUCUACCGAAAAAUCCUCAUGGUAUGACGCUAUUUUUGUUUCUUUUAACCCAAACUCUACUACUGUGAGCUUGCAAAACCUUCACAAUAUAGCUUUACUCACACACAUUGGAGAACUAUCCCCAUCCGACGUCUAUACCGUAAAUACUACAGUAACAGUCCCUCAGGAUUUUGAAGGAAAUGAAACAUUCUUCUACGUGUACCCGGAUUAUGAAAUUCAAACUAUAUCAGAAAACCAAACCUUUGAAAUAAAUAACGUGAUAUCCUCGGUCGAACAUGUAUUUUAUGUUCCUCCAAGAAAGCCAUGUGUAAAUUUGAACGCACAUAUUUUGUCCAGAAUUAAUCCCAAAAACGGAGGUGAGCCAAUGAAAAUGCUUUUAAAUAUAACAAACAAUGGUACUUGUGAUAUUUAUAAAAGUUUUUUCGUCGCCAUUUAUCUAAGUAAAGAUGUCAACUAUGAUAUGUUUGAAAGAAAAAUUAAAACACUCAGAGUAGAUGAACCUAUUUUGGCAAACAGCACAAUAUCUACCGAGGCAAAGAUAGAUCUUCCUUUUAUACAUGAAACGCAGGAUUAUUCCUUGGUAAUUCAAGUGGAUUCUCGAUCCGAAAUUAUUGAAAUAAAUGAAGAUGACAAUAUUGCAAUAACAUUUCUUAUCAUACAAAAAAAUCUCAGGACCGAUAUUGCUGUAUCAAAUGUAACUGCACCAGCGGAAGUAGACUAUGGAAAGAAUAUCACUUUAAGUUGGUCAGUUUAUAAUGAUGGCGCUGAAACUGCCCGAGGAUACAAAUGUGACUAUGUGUAUUUUUCCCAGGAUCUACAAUGGGAUAUAAGUGAUUAUCAGUUCGGUGAAACACAAUGUAAAUCGUUUGCUAUAAAAUCGAAAAAUGUUUCUCAUGGGAUACUUAAUACAUAUACAGCUCAACUUCCUCCUCUGGCUGCAAGAUCAUACAGAACAAUCGUUAAAGUAAGAACAAAUUUAGAAGACUAUAAUCCGAAAAACAACAUUGCAGUUUCCAUAAACAGUACGAAUAUAACAUUUCCUCAAUGUGCUCUAGGGGAGAAUCUAACAUUUAAUAUUGCCCCUGCCGAAUCAAUGGUUAUACGCAUCCCAGAUGUACCUGCAGAUCGUUCCCUUCUUGUCAAAACUAGAAGCCAGACGAGUGUCAUAUUUCACGAAGUUUUUAUAAAGCUUGGAUCUGCGCCAAGUGACUCUAAUUUUGACAGCACAGUCCUUGAUCCGUAUCUAACCAGUCAAGAAAUAUCGAUUCAGAAUACACGAGAAGGAGAUUACUACAUCUUAGUUAAAUCACACGAAUCUGAUCUCCAAAAUGCAUCCACUUCGAUUACGUUAGAAGCUAAAAUUGCAAAAUUUGAAAUUUUAAACUUUUAUCCAAAAUAUGUAGCAUUGCUAGGGAACGUGACCCUAAAAAUAUAUGGCACCCUUCUCCCAGAGGACUUUACGGCUUUUCUUUACAACGAAACUUUCCAACUUCAGUGUCAGAAACAAUACUGGUUUUCGUCCUCCAUGGUGGCGGCCACAUUUGACUCAAGAACUUUACAAAUCAACUCAAGCUACAGAUUGAAUUUAACUGACGGUGAAUCAAAACAGACAGCCUCACUACCGAUUGCUUUGACUGUUGUUAAAGGAAUAGCUGGAAAGGUUGUUACUAAAAUAUCGGUGCCUGGUCCACUACAAGAUGAUGACAUAGGAGAAAUAAAGAUAGAUUAUGAAAAUGUGGGUCAAACUGAUGCUACUUCUCAGAUAUUUCGAAUACGAGCAGAAGGAAAUGGCCUGCUAAUGUUAGUAAACAACAAACAAAGCAAGCGUUGGACUAAUAGUAUUACAGUAAUUGGGGGAUCAUCAGACGGGCCUGGAGGAAUACUCUCACCUUCAGGGACCGGUCGGUUAUCCAUUAAAGUAAAGUCUGAGAGUAGAAGAGUCCAAAUUACCCUUGCAAAGAUUCUUGAAACAGAUGAAUCAACACAUUCGUACCUGAAUAUGAAAAACACUUUAAGACCUAAAUAUUAUGAUAGAAGUAAUUGGGAUCGGGUGUGGGAAAAUUUUAUUCAGCUUGUGGGAAAAUCAUGGUUUUCGCUGCAAAACAAGUUGUCCGAAAUCAGAAAUGAAAUGUCUUUGGUAGAGCAGCAGCAACUUUCAUUCAAUGAAAUCAUGCAGCAAAUUAUCGAUAUUGCAGAUGGUGUCGGCGAAAAGCAUUACAUGGCUGAAUUUUCAGACUUUGCAAAUUUUGGAUCAUUAGAGAAAACUUUAUUAGAUACCGUUCGUGCCUACCCUCGCAGAAUAGGUUUAAGAGGUGUCGAUGGUGCUUUUGGAAUAGGAUGGAUAGCCCCAAUUUGGGAAUGCUAUCUGGAAGGUAUGGAUGAGGUGCUGGCACUUAUGAACUGGAAAAGAGAAGAAAUUGUAUUUACGGCAUAUUCAUAUGGGAUAUAUUCCAAUGAAGAUAUAGGAAAUCUUACAAUGAUUAGUGAAGAUUUGGUUUCUUUUUUGGAUCCCAAAACUAAAGAUGUGUUUCAUUUUAAUGUCACAACUGGAAACGUUUCUUCUAUAGUGAGGCAAAAUGUAAAGUUUAAUCUUUUCUAUGACAACCUACAGACUUUAACAAGAAUCACAUAUGGUGGAAAUACGUUGGAUUUUUCUUAUAAUGACAAUUCGAAAAUAGAAGCAAUAAAUAGGAGGGAACUAUCAGGAAAUUUUGAAACUUGCUUGUACUCCUACACAGAGAAAAACUUCCUUUCUACUGUAAAAUGUGGGAGUCAUGUUACAUCCUAUCUAUACAGCGAAAUAGGUCAUUUAAUGAGAAUUUCUGAAAGUUCUGGUUUACUUCACGCGAUACGAUAUUCGAGUGACGGCCGUUUGAAGUCAGUGGACAAGUAUGUAAAUGAACGGCUCAUUUCUCGUACAGUAUACAACGAUCACUUGAAUGGAAGAAUUGAUGCAUGGACCAUGCCACAAAAUAUUAUAGAAUCGUACUGGAUAACAACUCAAGGUCAUAUAGCUGGCUUAAAAAAGAACUUCUUUCCUAUUCGUAAGUUUCAACGUCAUAAAGAUACAGAUGAAAUCAUUGAAGGGGAUUUGAUUAUUGAACGUAGAAUUUCGUAUGAUGAUAUUCACGAAAUACAAGAUGGCAAUGGAAAUAGUGUUUUCUUUCAAGAGGAUGAAAAUGGAAAUAUUGUAAGCUACGCUGAUGCUGAUUUGAAUGCAUACUAUAUCGUACGAUCCUUUAGAGGUUAUGUAUUCAUGUUGAUGUAUCCAGACAAAUCCAAUGAAACUUUCGUCUAUGCUAACAAAUCGUUAGUUCAUAAGGAUCAAUGUGGACGAAAAAUGACUUACCAUUUCGAUGAUACAGAGAAACUAACAUUUCGCUAUACAGAGGAUAGUGGUUUCCUUCAUUUUCAAUAUAAUGAAAUUGGUCGGAUAAUAUCCUUACAAAAUCAAGAUACAUCUACCUCACUUUCUUAUAAUGAAAAUGGACGCAUUACAGAAUUAAGGUCUGAAGAAAACACAAUUCAUCAAACAUACGAUAAUCAAAAUCUUCUGAAAAGGUUAAGAAUCUCUGGAGAGCCGUAUGACAUUGAUUAUUCGUAUAAUGAUUAUGGACAGAUUAUGUAUGUUACAAACAGGGCAGAUGAUCAGAUGCUAAUAAGAAUGAUGUACGAUGCCAAUGGGAUGAUUAAACAAAAGACUCUUGGUAACAAUGCGAAAACAGUUUUCACAUACUACGAAAGGAAAAAAUUGCUUAGGACAUUAUCAAAUUAUUACCCAAAUGGGACAAUCUCUUCCAAAUUCCAGUAUAGCUACGACCGGAAAGGAAGACUCUCUGCAAUGACAACGACACAAGGAAAUUGGUCAUUUUCUUAUGACUUAACUGGACAAUUAGUGUUCAUCAAAAAUCCAAUGAAUUUAACGACAACCAUUGUGUACGAUCAAUGUAAAAAUCGUGUCACUGUCUCGCAAAAUGGAAAAACAGACAAUUAUCAACGAAAUGAAUUAAACCAGUACAUUUCUAUUGAUGACUUAGAUAUUGAAUAUGAUAGGAAUGGAAACUUGAUAAAAAAGGGAAAUCUUUCCUUGGAUUUUAACGAGGACAACCGGUUAUCACGUUUUAAUACAACAUCUAACAACUGCACACUUCACUACAACGGGUUUGGGCAUAUUAGAAGAAAAAUAUGCAGAAACAAUAUAGAAAUUUACUCUACAGAUUCAUUUGGUAGAGUAUUGAAACAGAAACAUUCACAAAGAGGGUCAACUGAUUAUCAUAUAUACGAAUCUGAAAUAGGACUGCUUGCAACAAAGAGAGAUGGAGAAUAUUAUUACUACCAGUAUGAUGCUUUUGGGUCUGUUGUGGAAAUUUUAGAUCAUCAAGGGAAUACCAUUAAUAGGAUUUCGUAUGACGCUUUUGGGAAUGUUGUUUACAAUCAAAAUAGAUUUGUAAGUGAAUUCCUCUACCUUGGACAAUGGGGAACAUUAUCAAUUAACGAAUUAUCAGGGAUUUAUUUAGUAAAGGGAAAAUUGUACGACUCGCACCUGGGUCGAUUCCUGAAUAUGGAUAAGCAAGGAAUAUUUUGUCAUAAACCAAACUUAUACAUGUUCAAAGGAAAUAACCCAUUGAGAAUGGCAAACAAUAUAGAGGAUGAAGACAAAUGUCAGAUGAAUGACCCAUAUGUACAUAUGAUUUACACGUCUCCAACCUUUGAUGGAUCAACAUACACAUUAAACACGUAUUCAGAAAAUCACAGAAGGAACAUUAUUGUUGGAAAAACCAUGCAUCGCCGCCAGAAACGGUCUGUUGCAACCUUUAUUAAACACAGUAAAAUAAAUAAAGGGAAUGGACUAAAAGAUGUAUUCGAUAAUACAUUUGACAUAGAAGAGCGUUUAAAGGACAAGUCUUUGUGUCAACAAUACUUCGCUGAUUCAGCACUAACCGAAGGUCUACAUUUCUUGGAAGAUAAGAUUUUCAAAUCUUCGCCUUUUGGACGUGCAUUGGAUUUCGCUACGCUUGCUUACAAACAUGGAGAUUGCAUUUUAUCCCCUUGUGAUUGCUUGGAUAAUGCUAGGCAGUCUUUGCAUGAUUCAUAUAAUGAAGCGAAAAUGAAAAUCAAUUCCUUCAUAACUGACGCCAGAGCGAGAGAGAAUGCCAUGACGAAUUAUUGCAAUGAAUGGAAGCAGACUUGCGUUAGACAGUUUAUUCCGAUAAACUGUGGAAAAGUCAGUCAUUUCCUUAGUGAUCAAUUUAGCCAUUUUAAGGAUGGGUUUAAAAGUAUUUCCGACAAGGUUACAUCAUUAUUCAAUUCUAUGGAGGCUGAAAUCGAAGAUGCAGCACGUGUAGCUUCUGAUGCUUGCCAUGCCUUUGCAAAAAUCGGAGAAGGAUUCAUGCACUGGAUAAAUUCACACGAUCCUAACAAUUUGAUUGGACCGACUGGAUAUGGCGCGGCAAGAUUUAUAUCAAGAAACACUGAAAUGAUCUACACAAUUCAGUUUGAAAAUGAUGCAAACGCUACAGCACCAGCGCAGAGAGUAUACAUAGAAAUGAAAUUUGACAUAAAAUUAAAUCCAAGAACAUUUCGACUUGGGACAUUUGGAUUCGGUAGUUUUCAAACAGAGCUUAAUUUUAGGCAAUCAGCAAUCCAGGAAAAGUUUAACAUGACGGAGGAUUUGGGAGUAUUUGUCGCAAUACGAGGAGGACUGGACAUUGUAAAUAAAAAAGCUUCCUGGGAAUUGCAAGCAAUUAAUGCUAGUACUGGACUGCCUCCAUCGGAUCCAUCAGUUGGUUUUCUUCCCCCAAACAACGGAACAACAGGACAAGGCUUCGUCACCUUCUCCAUUAGACCGAGCUCUGAUGUCAAGUCUUUGGAUAAAAUAACUGCAAAAGCCGUCAUCAUAUUUGACCAAAACGAACCUAUAGAUACGCCAGAAAUAUUUAAUACAAUAGAUGAUACGGCACCAUACAUAAAGAAUUUAACAAUUGACAAAGACGUGUUGGAUUCAGGAUCACUGGUUCUAAACAUGGACGUCAAGGAUGAUGAAAGCGGAUUAGAUUAUGUUAACAUCAUGUUGCAGUCAGAAUCUGGUUAUAUUUCUAUACUUGAUGACGUCAAAGAACAGGCGGUUGUAGUACCCCUUGAGACAGGACAGGAACACACCCUUGUUUUACUCCCCGUUGAUCGCAUUGGCAAUCUUCCAAAUCUAGAAAAAGCAGGGUUGGAAUACUCCUUUACGGUGUAUAUACCAAAACCUAAAGUAAGAUGUGAUGACGUAAACAAUUGUUCUGGCAAUGGACAGUGCCUAAGAAUAAACUACUGUCUGUGUACCAGCGGGUUUUAUGGAACGGAUUGUAGUAGGACUACGCCACCUUUGGAUCCCCCUAUCCUCGAUGUUUUCGUGGGUGAACAGAACAUCUCAGUACCAAUACAUCUCAUGUCAUCAACAGUUUCCAGCGAUAAAGAUGCCCAUAUGAUCAUUAAAUGCAGUGGAUUUCCAGAUCAUUCAUACUUUUCCGCUGGAAGUGUCAUCAGGGAUACUUUGUAUCUUGCAGCUGGUGACUUCGGAGAUGUGGUGUACAUCCCACCAGAUAAUUACAACAACAGCUUCAUUUUAGAUAUAACAGCACUUGUUUUCAUCGAAAGCACUUCAGAAUUUAUAGAAAAGAAAACAAGCAAAACCAUAAAAAUAAGGGAUGCUGUUAAUGACGAUGAACGACAGCAAUACAUCAGGACUUACAUAAGAACGACAAAACCACCACCAACAAGUACAAUUGAAAUGUUUACCAGAAUCAUGUCAUCAAGUACGACAACUCAAAACUUCCCGUCUCGAAAUCCAUCAAUGAUAUUUUCAACACCAGCUGUGUCAAAAUCAACCUUAGGUAUAUCCUCAGCAAUUUCGUCUAUCAAACCUAACAUGUCUAGCAGCACUAUUCCUCCAUUUACAACAGAAUCAUCAAACAAAACUGAUGUUGAAGUAUCGGCUGAUUCUCAUUCGUCUCCUGUUAAGCAAGCAGUGAUCGCGGGAAUAGCUUCCUCUUUUGGAGUCUUGUUGAUCAUUACUGUACUGACAGUGUUCAUUUGUGCAAGAAGGAAAAAUAGGAAUAAGAACAAACACCCGCACCAGGAAAGGAGGGAAACACGGUGGACGGCGGGGGAAUACGACAAUAGCGCUUUCGAAGACAAGAACGACGAAACAGUGAUGUAGUAGAGAGAGUGUGUUUCGAUAACUUAUGUUAUGAUAUGAGCAAGUGUAAAAAUACAUAAUAACGAGAAUUUUUGUAAAUAUUUUAUACGAAGUAUUACUAUUCCAGCAUAUUCCUGUAAUACUUAACAUAUAUUAACAUACAAAUCAUAUGUGUCAUCCAAGUAGACAAUGUACUCUAUGUAAAUUUCAAAUAUUAGGAAUAAGAUAAGAUGUUGUCUAGUAAAAUAUAUACAUGUAUCAUAUAACCAUUUAUUAGUAA